AUGAUCCUGCAGGAUGACCGCAACAAUGCACAGUACCGCAACACCGUGGACGCCUUUCUUCGCCUGCGUCGGUACGGAGUGGGCGAGUACUACCGCGGUCUGACUGCCAUUCUCCUGCGCAACGGUCCGGCCACCUUUCUCUACUUUGGCUUCAAGGACACCCUCAAAGAGCGCCUCCUGCCUGAGGAUGGACCGCUGCUCAGUGGAAUAGACAGUGGUCUUCGCAAGGAGGCCAUUCGCAACUUUCUCACCGGAGCGACUCUCGGCUGUGUCAUCAGCUCGCUCUUCUACCCGCUCAAUGUGAUUCGCAUUCAGAUGCAGACGGCAGAAGUGGGCAGCAAGCGAAUGUCAGUGUGGGCGGCUGGAAAGGCACUCUACGAGGAACGAGGUGGCAAAGUGCGCCUGAUGACUGCAGGCAUGGGCAUUCACGUCACCCGCAGCUUCGUCUUCUGGGGCUGCAUGACGCUCUUCAGCGAACUAGUACGCGACUGUCUCCACAAGUUCCAAUCCUGA